AGGCGGGCCCGCCAUUUCCUCGCCCGCCCGCCGCGCCGGCCCCCUCAGCGCUCCGCGGGCCCGGUAGAGCCGUGAGGAGCGGGGCUGACCCCGAGCCCUUCCCGCAGGGCACCGGCCGCGGGACGGAGCCACCGGGGCCCGCUGCCCGCCUCCGGAAGCGGAAACAUCGAGGGACGGAGCCACCGGGGCGAGCAGCAGCGGCUGGCGGCGUGUGAGUCUGUCGUUCUGCUCGCUGCGACAUUAAUAUACAACAGGAUUAUACGAACUAAGGAAAACAACUGUGUUCAUCACUUUUACUGCCAAACAGAGAGGAUGCUCACAUGAGAACUUCCUGCUCUUUUAGAUAAAAGCAAGGACAUGCAGGUGGCCUAAUCACAGGCAAAAAUGUCUGCAGCAUGUGACUUCGUUACACUCUGCACUGGGCAGAAGAUGCCUCUCGUAGGACUGGGAACCUGGAAAAGUGAACCUGGCCAGGUGAAAGAAGUCGUGAAGUACGCCCUAAGUGUGGGUUAUCGCCACGUUGAUUGUGCAGCAGCUUACAGCAACGAAGCUGAGAUCGGUGAGGCUUUCCAGGAAAGCGUUGGACCCAACAAGGUUAUUAAAAGGGAGGACCUGUUUGUAACAUCAAAGCUCUGGAACACCAAGCACCACCCAGAAGAUGUAGAGCCAGCACUAAGGAAAACACUUGGAGAUUUGAAACUGGAUUACUUGGACCUGUACCUCAUGCACUGGCCUCAUGCCUUUGAACGAGGGGACAAUCUCUUCCCAAAGAAUCCUGAUGGAACAAUGCGGUAUGAUUGCACUGAUUACAAGGAUACCUGGAAGGCUAUGGAGAAGCUGGUAGAAAAAGGUCUUGCAAAAGCCAUUGGGCUGUCAAACUUCAACAGUCGUCAGAUUGAUGAUAUAUUAAGUGUGGCUACUGUCAAACCAGCUGUGCUCCAGGUAGAAUGUCAUCCGUACCUAGCUCAGAACGAGCUGAUAGCUCACUGCCAGAAAAAAGGACUGGUUGUUACUGCCUACAGUCCCCUGGGUUCUCCAGAUCGCAUGUGGAAACACCCAGAUGAGCCUGUGCUUCUAGAGGAACCUGGGAUCAAAAAAUUGGCAGAAAAAUACAGCAAGUCACCUGCGCAGAUCAUCCUCAGAUGGCAAGUGCAGCGUAAAGUGGUUACCAUUCCCAAGAGCGUCACUCCUGCUCGCAUUCUGCAGAAUCUCCAGGUGUUUGAUUUCAGUCUCACAGAAGAGGAGAUGAACCACAUUGGAAGCCUGAACAAAAACUGGCGUUACAUUGUGCCAAUGCUUACGGUGAACGGGAAGCUAGUACCAAGAGAUGCUGGACACCCCCAUUACCCCUUCAAUGACCCCUAUUAACUACAAAAUAAGGUGUUAGAAUAACAUGCUCCUCUGCAUACUUUUCCACAAAGUAAUGAGUGCCACAAUUUGUCAAAAAACAGAAACAAAAAAAGUCUAAAUAAAACCUUCCUUCCUGAGUAGGAUUACUUACAAUGUACUGCUUUUAAUUGACCUUCCUUCUGGAGGUCCUGCAGCUUCCACAUCAGCGUUUGCAGUCAUUGUAAUGAAUCCACCAGCUUGCCUUGGGAAACAUAAUAUCUUUUGGCAUUGGAUAAAGAGUGGGAGAUUCUAAAUGAAGUUCCACACAUCAUUAUCAGGCUAGGGCAAUACUUUGUGUUUUCUGUCUGUUGAACGGUUUUGAAAUCUUUGUUACCAUGAGGGGGGGAAAAAGAGGGGAAGGCAUGAAAGCAUUUUCAGACUAAACAACUACCCAGCUAUCAACUUUAAUAUUUUCAUUAAUAUUUUAUACAGGGAAUUAAGUGAAAUGUGCUAUGGUUGCACUGUGUCUAUAAAGCAUUCAUUAAAACCCAAGUUACCAUCCAUGCUGAGUGCUUUUUAUCCCCUUUGGAAUACUCAUGGGACUUAAACUCUCUCCUCUUUAUUUUCUUUUUCUUUUAAUUUCUGUUGAUUUGAGGAGAAUAAAUGCAUAACCUGAAGCAGGCCUUCAGGGCAAUCAUUCCUAUUGCUUGUCACAGGGAUAGGUUCUAGCUCUGGAAUAACUGAUUAUCCUCUCACAAAAGCCUCAAUAACUUUUUAGCAAGUCCUAUAGAGAUCUAUCCUGCCUUUCCCAUAAGGUUGUCCAGUGUCUCUUUACCAAAGAUGUCCAGUUCAAGUUCUGGAACAUCACAGAUUUUGUUCCUGAUUAUACAAUAAAAGAAAAAAAUAACAA